AUAUGAAUCUAGAGUUAUGGGCGAAGCUUGUUCAUUUAUGGACUGAGGACGAGGGUCAUUUGAGAAGGUCAAGUUCUGCAAAGGCUAAUCGAGCAAAAGGACUGAGGGUGACGCAUACCAGCACAAACCCUGAGGGUCGUCUACCAACAUAUCCUGAGGUCUACACCAAUAGAAGGCAGCACAAAGGAAAAGGAAAAGACCAACUGUUUGUAUAUUGUAAUGAUGAGGCUCAAGAAAUUGGAGAAAAAUUGACAGCUGAAUAUGCUACUAGACAAGAAGAAGAAGGAUUUGAUCCUACAAUACCUCAUGGUGAGAUAUUACUUAGGGCAACUGGUGGGGUCAAGAAAGGAUGGCUGAAAGCUUGGAUAAGCCUCCAGAAGGCUCCCAAAAGCCUCAUUUGGUUUUCCUAUGCCUUCCUCUUCCACCUCCAUCCUUUUCUUCCUCUUUUCUCCAACCAAGGUUAAGGUCCUUUUAUUAGGUAAGUAUAAGUUUUAGUUAUGAAUUUUGGGUUAGAGUUUUGGGUAGUUUAAAUUGGUGAGAUUUAACUUUAAUCCUUUGGUUUAUAAGAUUUUUGGGUAUUAAACUUUUAUUAGAGAUAUCCUUAAUUUUGGGGUUUAUAUGGCAAUGAUAAUGAGUUAGUCCUUUCUAUGGUUUGAUUUGGGUGUGAUUUUUGCUGCAGGAAUUAUAAGUAAAUUGUAUUAUUUACAAAUUACUGUUCAUGAUUACUGUUCAUGAUUACUGUUCACGCAUUAUGCUUUGAUCUCUUCCAAUAGGGAGUCCUAAUAUUAUUUUGGACAUAUUAUGAAUUUGUUUGACAUGCGUAUGUGUUUGUGGCUAUGGAGUAAGUGGACCUAAGCUUGAAGCUUGGGGUAUUCAGUGGACCCUUCGGGGUAUUUAGUGGAUCUUUGCGCAGUAGGGUUAGUACCGUGAUUAGCUCUGGUACAGUGUUGCUAGCACACCUCAGUGGACUCCAUAGCAUUGUGUGAUUUUCGAUUUUAUGCAUUGCGCUUGUGACAUCGUGUUUGUAAGCAUAUGAUUUUAGUAUAUGAAUUCAAUUUAAAUGUUAUUGAUUAUUACUUGACAUUUGUGCUCAUGAUUUGAGAUAUUAAAUCAUUAUUUAAAUA